AUGGUUGAUGCGGGUUACCGGCGGGUGUGCUACUAUACCAGCUGGUCAGAGUUUCGCCUGGGCGUCGGGAAGUUCACUCCCAGUGACAUUGAUGCUUCCUUGUAUUCCCACAUCAUUUUCGCUUUUGCAAAAAUAAAAUCCAACAAACUUAAAAAGUACUACCAAAAUGACACGGAAUUAUACUCACAAGUGACAAGUCUCAAGCUACAGAACACUGACCUUAAGGUACUUCUUGCUGUCGGCUGGGGCACUUCCGGGAGUAAAGCCUUCUCUAAAAUGGUUCGAUUUUCCUCAAGAAUAAAAACCUUUGCACAUUCCACCAAGAGUUACCUUCGCCAAUACAACUUUGAUGGCCUCGACCUCAACUGUGAAUAUCUCGCCGUAGGCACUGGAUCUCAUCCAAAUCAAAAAGAAAAAUUCGGAGAACUCUGCAUGAAACUGCGCCAAGUUUUUGAACAAGAAUCUGUGUCGUCGGGCCGUGACCGACUCCUGUUGACGUCAGCCGUAUCAGCGGUGAAAACUACUAUAGAUGCCGCUUACACCGCCACUAUCCUUGCGGCGUAA